AUGGGCCCGAUAGUAGUGAAACGAGUGAGGCUCGCCGUGGCCGUGGCCGUGGUGUUGGUGUUGGGAGUGUUGAUCUUUUCCCAAAGAAGCAGCCACAAAAUCACCAACGGCUUUCUAACCAGCGUUAAGGCAUACACAGAGAACGUGCCUGGGUUUCUGAACCCUAGGCCUGACGAGAUAGAUGAAGCUGACGUCAGCGACUUUUUGGGUGACACGCUGGAAAUCGACCAGUUCGAGCCUAGACCGGAAAACAAGUACAACGACGUGGAUCACGAGACAGUGGUGCCUUUGGAACCUUCUUUAUCCUUGGGCAUGGGCAUGUACCCAGACCCCACGACCUUCCCAGAGGUGCCUGCCAAGAGCUACCCGAAGAUUGGCGCCUUGAAAGACCUGAAAUUCACCGACAAGUUGCCCUUCCGCAUCUACUCCCACAACAUCAAGAACGGUGGUACCCACAAGCUAGAACUAGGGGAGCCCGUUUGGGAAACACGAAAAACAAUGGUGGUGGCCUCGAUCCGGGCCCACUACGCCCCCAACAUGAUUGUAGCUCUCCAGGAGGCCCAAAAGUUCCAGAUUGACGAUAUCUUGCACGGGCUCAACAUGAUAGAGGAGCCUGGGUCCCAGUGGAAAUACUACGGUGGGGGCAGAAUCGACGGAAAGGAGAUGGGCGAACACGUGCCGUUUUUGGUUAAGGAGGACGAGUUUGACGUGGUCUACGACGACACCUUCUGGCUCAAUGAGAAGAACACCAGGAGGCCGUUGGUCGGAUGGGACGCCAAGUACCCACGAAGCGCCACGUACGUGACUAUAAAGCACAGGAAGAGCGGCACCUACCUCAAUUUCUUCAAUGCCCACUUUGACCACAAGGGCCUGAUGGCCAGGGACGAGUCGGUGCAGUUGCUUAUGGAGAAGAUGUCGAGCGUCAACGAAUGGCCGUCGUUCUUGUGCGGUGAUUUCAACGCCAAGCCCAACGAGGAGUGUUACAAGAGCAUCAGCAAGCAGUACACGGACGUGCACACCAUCACAUCCUCCUACAACUGGUACGGUCAUCCGGACUACUCGGUGACUGGGUUCAGAGGAAACUACCUCAAGGACGCCAAGCGCAUAGACUUUAUAUUUGCACCCCAACACACUGUCAAGGCGCUGGAGACGCUUUGUCUGGAUUCGAUUGACGGGUACCUGCUUCAGCUCCGUGGCUACGGCAUGCUUCAUUCCAAGUUUGGCGGCGUCUACAUGAGCGACCAUCGUCCGAUCAUGGCGGACUUCAUCAUGAAGAAGUGUUGA